UAAGAAAACACCUUGGUACAAAGGCCUAAACAGUAGUUCUGAGUUUCCUGGAACUUGGGCCUGCAGACCUCUAGCUGCUUUCCCCUUUGACGGCCAGCCAUCCCCAGACUGUACAGGAAGAACUUGCAGCCUGCUUUGCAUUGUCUGUUCAAUAAAUAGACCUCAGCUUUGUGCAGAUUGAGUAGUAACAUUUUUCUGGAGCAGGACUCUCAUUUCUGACACUAAUGGCCUUAAACAAAACAAAGAAUGAUACAUUUGAUGGAACAGAGCGCGUAACUGUCAACUAUGUGAAGGGGAUUCUUCAACCCACACCUACCUGUGACUCAUGGGACCAGAUCUGGAACUUCCAAGCCAAGUCCGAUGAUCUUCUUAUUGCCACCUAUCCUAAAGCAGGAACAACAUGGACUCAGGAGAUAGUGGACUUAAUACAAAAUGAAGGCAAUAUUGAGAAAAGUCAACGAGCACCUACUCAUAUACGAUUUCCUUUCAUCGAAUGGAUACAUCCAUCCAUAGGAUCUGGUUUGAACCAAGCUAAUGAAAUGCCCUCACCACGGACCCUGAAAACACAUCUUCCCAUCCAGCUGCUGCCACCAUCCUUCAUAGAAAAAAACUGUAAGAUAAUCUAUGUAGCAAGAAAUCCAAAGGACAAUAUGGUAUCUUACUACCAUUUCCAAAGAAUGAAUAAAGCCCUUCCUGCUCCAGGAACCUGGGAAGAGUAUUUUGAGAGUUUUCUGGCUGGGAAGGUGUGCUGGGGUUCUUGGCAUGACCAUGUGAAAGGAUGGUGGAAAGCCAAAGACCAACAUCGCAUUCUCUACCUCUUCUAUGAGGACCUGAAGAAGAAUCUAAAGCAUGAAAUUCAGAAGUUGGCAGAAUUUAUUGGGAAAAACCUAGAUGAUGAAGUCCUAGAUAAAAUUGUCCUUCACACUUCAUUUGAUGUUAUGAAGCAGAAUCCAAUGGCAAACUAUUCAUCAAUUCCUACUACAAUCAUGAACCACUCUGUUUCUCCAUUCAUGAGAAAAGGGACAGUUGGAGACUGGAAGAAUCACUUUACUGUUGCUCAGAAUGAGAGAUUUAAUGAAGAUUACGAGAAGAAAAUGGCUGAUACCAAUAUAACUUUCCACUUCCAAUUCUCAUAA